CAGUGGGGAAACAGACUUCUUUGUCUUCCACUGCCACUUUCGAUUUAUCUUUCAAUUUCAAGCAGUAAAUCACCGGGUAUAAAUCCAUGACUCGAGUCACACGAAGAGGGGAACAAGCCAGAAAAAAGAUUCCACAUGAUAAUUUACAUUCUGUUUGAUUACGACAAGUUUCUUCGUGAGCACAUAAUCCGGGUCACUUUGAUCUCACAUUACACAGAGAGCGGAGACUGCUGAGUUGGAAACAGCUUGCCUGCAGUAAGUAUGUCUUUAAGACAUCAGCCACUGCAAACUUCUGGAGGUUUAUGAAGGAUAGAGUUGAACAUUUUAAAGCUUGUUUGAUUAGGUUUGCUACAAACAACUGAAGAAUCAAGACUUAUCAGUGAUACAAAACAGCUUUUUGGAACAUGGAAGUGAAUGCAAAUCAGCUCCUUUGCUUCUCCUGCCUACUUUUUCUGAUGGGCUGUUGCAGUGGUGGGAAAAUCUUAGUGUUUCCAGAAGAUGGCAGCCACUGGGUGAACAUGCAAAUCAUACUGAAGGAAUUGCAUGCCCAUGGCCACAGUCUGACAGUGGUACGCCCUUCCAGAAGCUGGUACAUCCAGGACAAUUCUCCUCUCUACACGUUGAUUAAUGUUAACCUCGCUAAUGCAGGAGAUGCUAACCCAGGGUUAUUUGAGGUCUUGUUAGAACGGUCAUUAGCGUUACGUAGGAUGACACCAAUCUUGCGCUUUUUUGAAGAGCAGAAGGAUGUGAUGACCAUACUGAAGUUAUUCCAUGGUGGAGCCCUUAGUAUUAUCUCUACGAUGUUGGAUGAUGCAGCACUGAUGGAAAAACUGCAGGAUGCAAAGUUUGACCUAAUGCUCACUGACCCUGCAUUCCCUGCUGGGGUUCUCCUGGCCCACUAUCUCCAUUUACCUAUGGUGUAUAAUGUACGCUGGUUCAAUGCAGGCGAUGCGCAAAUGGCUGUUGCUCCAUCAACCCCAUCGUAUGUUCCCAUGUACAACUCGUUGUUCAGUGACAAAAUGAACUUCCUGCAGAGGACUGAAAACUUCCUUCGUUACAUGGUCAGCCUUCUCCAGGAGCAAUUUGUUAUCCUGCCUAUUUAUGAUGAAUUGCUCAAGAGGCACUUUCCUCCAGGAUCAGAUCUUCUCACCAUGCAGCGUUCAGCAGAUAUUUGGUUAAUGCGUGUUGACUUUAUUUUUGAGUACCCGCGCCCCAGCAUGCCUAAUAUAGUCUACAUAGGUGGCUUCCAGUGUCGCCCAGCUAAACCUAUUCAUUCUGAGCUGGAGGAGUUUAUGCAGAGUUCUGGGGAUCAUGGCGUAGUGGUAAUGUCCCUGGGAGUCAUGGUCACUGCCCUUCCCAAACAAAUCACAGAAGCUAUUGCGGCUGCCUUUGCUAAACUACCGCAAAAAGUCAUAUGGAGGUAUGUUGGUGAGAGACCAUCAACUCUUGGUAACAACACUUUGCUUCUUGAAUGGCUUCCACAAAAUAAUCUUCUAGGGCACCCAAAGACGUGCGCAUUUGUGUCUCACGGUGGCACUAAUGGCAUCUACGAAGCUAUCUACCAUGGGAUUCCUGUGUUGUUUCUGCCACUUCUCUUUGAUCAGUUUGACAAUGCAAUUCGACUGAAAACCCGAGGUGCAGCACGUGUGCUUGAGGUCAGCACCUUGACAUCUGAGGAAUUCCUUGAAGCCCUCAAGGAUGUUAUUAAGAAUCAGUCUUACCGAAGCAACAUACAGAAACUCUCAAAGCUUCACCGUGAUCAACCCCUUUCUCCUUUAGACAGUGCCAUUUUCUGGAUUGAAUAUGUCAUCAGGCACAAAGGAGCUCAGCACUUGUUGUCAGAAGGAAACAGGCUUCCCUGGUACUCUUACCACAAUCUAGAUGUUUUAGGUUUUCUUUUAGUCAUCAUUUUAACUGUAAUCUGUGUCCCAGUAUAUUUUGUUAAAUGUAUGUGUUGUAUGACGGGCAGGAAGCAAAAGGUUGAGUGAACUGAUUCUGAGCCAUCAAUAGACCUGCAUGUUUUUCUGUUAUCUAUUUGGGAUGUAAACUAACUGUGAUAAUUGCAUUGUAGCCAAUCAAUACAGAUCAAGUCCAGCAGACAUUAUGUUUAGUACAAAAUCUUCAUUACAGUCUUAUGCAAUAAAUCUUGGAUUUCAUUAAUGAUUGAUCAAAAA